CUUUUGAAUAAUUUAUUUAUGAAUUUUGGGGCACUCGUUUUUUGGAGCAGCGUGCAAAAUAAUAACUUAAAAAAGAUAAACAAGAUUGGAGUGUUGAAGGCUGUUCCCAGACGGGUGUCUAACUUGUGGUGGUGUGACACCGGGAGUGUCAACCGCGACAGAUUUUUAACGCCAGUUACGGUUAGCCUAGCUGACCCCAGUUCGGGAUAAUUCGUGACCAGAGUGCACAUCUCCCAUCUAAAGAAAACACAGGCUAACUUAAUAUAAAUGUGUUUACUUUCCUUCCCCUAACAUAGGGGACUCUCUUAAAUUAGGCAUGCCAAAAACCUCGAGGUCUUAAAAAUCCAUGAUAAAACAAAUUGGCUUUUUGAUCGGCUCAUAUUGACGUUAAAAAUGGACACAAUUAAUUCACUGUGUAUUUUUUGUGGCAAGGAGCUUGAAGGAGGAACUGUAAUUGUGACGAAAGGUAUACAGACGAUUAUUGAUGCAAGUUUAUCCCGGAAAGACAAUCUGCAUGAAAAGUUGGAAGGGAAAACUAAUGUUAGGGUUCACAGUGUAUGCAGGCAAAACUACACAAGACCAACAAGUAUCAAAGCUGCUAUUGCAUUGACACAAUCCAGUGACGUACAGCUGCCGACAUCUUCAUGCUAUUUGAGAAGUUCAGAAGAAAAGUUUGAUUUCAAAAGUAACUGCUUUAUUUGUGGCAAGACGGCCAUUGUUGAUUUGAAAGUUCCUUUGGAGCGUAGGGUAGGAAUUCACCAAAUAACAACAUUAGAAAUAAAAGAAAACUUUUUAAGGAAAUGUGAUGAACGAAAUGAUGAGUGGAGUGAGAGAGUCAGAGCCAGACUGCUAAGUGUAAACGACCUUGUUUCACCAGAAGCACGCUAUCACAGAAACUGUCACACAAAUUUUUCUAAAAUUAUAUCACCUAAGGGACCUGUUGGAAGACCGAAAUGUAAAUUUGGAGAUUCAUUUGCAAUGCUGUGUGAGCAUAUCGAGAACAGUGAUGAAUGUCAAUACACAAUAAGCGAGAUAAAAGACAUUCUGAAAAAAAUUUCUGGCCAAGAAGAAACGUACUCAGAUAAACAUAUAACAAAUCUUCUACGGCAACAUUUUAAGGAAAGGUUAGUUGUGUCAUGUACACCAGGACGAAAAAAUGUUUUUUGUUUGUCUGAGACAGUUAACAAAAUUAUGGAUGAGUGGUACCGCGAUAGGGAAAGUGACCCAGCAACAGAGCGACUGAGGAUAGUAUUAGCUGCUGCAGAUAUAAUUAAAGAAGAUAUACAGAAGAUGAUGUAUGACUCACAAACAUACCCAAAUGUUAAUGAAAUUCGAUCAGGUGGAGAAAACUUGGUUCCAGAUAGUUUGAAAGUUUUCAUGCAAAGAGUAACGAAAAAGAAAAACACUGUGGAUUCAAAAGCAGUGAGUCGAAAGUGUGCUGUAAUUAAUCAUGCAGUAAUAUCAACUGUACGACCAAGAUCAUUCUUAUCUCCAAUACAAACUAGCCUAGCAUUAACACUUCAUAGACUGUACGGAUCUAAACAUCUAAUUGACUUAUUGUCAUCUAUGGGUGUAUGUGUGUCGUAUCAUGAAGCAUCUAUUUACAUGAAUUCUCUUAUAAAUGCUGGUUCCCCUCAAGUAAAUGAAGAAGCAUUCAUACAGUAUGUGUUUGACAAUGCUGAUAUAAAUAUCCGUACACUUGAUGGCCUAAACACAUUUCAUGCAAUGGGAGGAAUUCAGUGUAUUACACCUAGUGCAAGUGUUGAAACACAUAUCCAGGUUGAAAGAAUAACAUCUGGAAAAUUCAACAAAGAAUGUAUCCGUUUAUGUUCCUACCCGAAAAGAAACAGUCGGUGUGGUUUCAAAGCUAUCAUACUUAAGGAUUUCAACGAACUUAAAUCAGCUAGAAGUCUUAUAAAUGAGCCAUCAAACAUUUUGUUUCCUCUAAAUUGGAUGUGGCUUGCUGGAACAAAGGUUCAGCAAGGAUGGAAUGGUUUUAUGAACACAAUAACAAGUCACAUGGACGAUUGUAAAUCCUCAUAUAUAAUGGGUGUACCAUUCAUAAAUUUAAAUCCCAGUAAUCCAUCUACGAUUUUCACAGCACUGUGUUUUGCAGCAGAACAGUGCAAGAAACGCAACCAGACAUGCAUAGUUACAUUUGAUCAGCCGCUUUUUUUGAAAGCUUUUGAAAUAGUGUCUUCUGCAGAAGGAUCAAGUGACAUAUCGAAGAUUGUUUUGAGGUUGGGUGGUUUUCAUUUGUUAAUGUCGUUUAUGGGCUCAAUAGGUCGAAUAAUGGAAGGAAGUGGGUUAGAAAGUUUGUGGGCUGCUGUAUAUGGUCAAACAACAGUUAAUCACAUGUUGAAUGGAUGUGCAUAUUCAAGAUGCAUCAGAGCUUACACUCUUACGGCCUCUGCGAUCAUAAAUGUAAUGAGGAACAGCUUCGACGAUUUUCAAAAUGCCAUUAUUCAUUUGGAGAACAUUUCCAAACAGUUACUUCUUCAGGAAACAGAGCCCGAAGAAAUGUUGAGAAAACCUGACGUCACAUGUACUUUACAAAAAUUAAACGAUUCCUUGAAAAACAUACAGUCAACCAGCAGAACUGCCAAGCUGUGGGUGAAUCUCUUGAACUGCAUUGACCUCAUUCUACAGUUCAUUUUUGCAGAGAGGUCUGGAAAUUGGGAUUUACACUUAAAUACAACAAUCGAAAUGCUUCCAUAUUUCCAUGCUGCUGGACACUUGCCGUAUGCGAAGUCUGCUCAUCUCUAUGUGCAGGAAAUGAUAAAACUUCAUACGAAGCUAUCUGAGAAGGAACUCGAUUUGUUCGUAAAUAAUGGAAUGUUCACAAUACGGCGAAGUGGCAAGUUUUGGUCUGGAACAUGGUCCGACAUGUGUAUUGAACAGUGCCUCAUGCGUCCCAUGAAAGCUGUUGGAGGCUUGACUCAUGGUAGAGGUAUAACAGACAGCACUCUGUCAAAAUGGAUUCUUGGAACACCUUUCUAUCUUAAAGUACACGAAGCUGUUGAGGAAUUUUUGGGGACUUCCAUAUCAUACAGUGAACAACAUGUUGAGCUCCGGGAGUCAAGAAAAACGAGAGACCUGGCAGAUGUCGAAAAGUUUACUUCAUGGCUUCAAGAACAUAACCCAUUCUCAAAAUUUUCUGGAGAACUGGUAUCGUUAUCAUCUGGAUUGGUAUCAGACGACUCUGUAGACUGUGACCAAGCUUACGAAAAAGGUGUUGCAGCGAUGGAAAAUAUGAAAGGGAAAAACUUUCAGGAGCUCAAGCUUCAUAGGAAAAACAUGGUAAAAACGCAGGCGAUGCAAAAAUCGGUUAAUGUUCGGUCAAAGCAGGUAAUUGUGAAUUCACAACAGCUAUUUAACCGCAUCUUAUGUGUUUGUGACAGCCCAACAAAAUUAAAAUCAUAUCUUGAGUAUGAAUUGGCGCCUCGUCCACCAUCCCUUUUUGAUGCAGUUUCUCUACGAAAGGGGGCCAAGUCAAAACUGAUGAAACAUUUUGAGGAGGGUAUUGUAAAUGAUUUAAAUCUAAGUGAUGCAGCAAUUGUCUUGGAUGGAGGUUUUCUUCUUCACUGCAUUCUUUGGCCAAAAAACUGUACAUAUGGAGACAUAAUGCAAAGUUACUGUACAUAUGUCCUGACAAAAUACGGAGAAAAUACAACAGUUGUUUUUGAUGGAUACCCGGAAGAUUCCACAACGAAACAAGAAGAACAAAACCGGAGAUACGCGAAAAAAUCUUCAUGUGAUAUAACUUUUGAUGACAACACAAAGUGUGUUACAGGAAAAGAAGAAUUUUUGAGUAAUAAAAAGAACAAGACAAGAAUGAUAACUUCACUUGCAUCUGAACUAAAAAACAAAGGACUUGAAACAUUUAUAAGCGAAGGAGAUGCUGAUAUAGAUAUAGUAAAUUUAGCUAUAAAAAAACUAAGCACGUUUGCUGAAGUAGUUGUAUGUGGCUCUGAUACAGACCUGGCAGUACUUUUAACUGCUCUUGCCCCAGAAAAGCGAAAAAUGUAUUUCUGCAAACAUAAGGGAGGUGAAAACCCUGUGACAGUUUUUUAUGACAUAGCAACUUUGACAGAAAAGUUCAAACACACCAGGAAACUUCUUUUGUUUACUCAUGCAUUGACUGGUUGUGAUACAACCUCAUGUUUCUUUGGUGUAGGCAAAAAUAAAGCUACUGAAAUGUUGAAGUCACCGGAAGCUGAGAAACUGGCUAGAACUUUCAUAGCACAUUUUUCUACUAAAACCGAAAUACUGGUAGAUGGGGAAAAAUUUGUUCUUGGACUGUAUGGGUUGAGUAAAUACUCGCACUUGAAUGAAACCAGAUACUACAGGUUUUCGACGUUAACCAAAAAGUCGGCCUUGAGAUCAAAUUUUGACUUGGCGAAACUUCCUCCAACGUCAGAAGCCUGUCGUGAACAUCUCCUUAGGGUAUACUUACAAGUUCAAACAUGGUUAGGGAACAGACUUUCGCCCACUGAAUGGGGAUGGGAAAUUGAAGUGGCCAAAAAGAAUGGAUGUCUCAAAAAAACCUUGAAACCAACCAUCAGCUCAAAACCUUUCGCACCCAACGAUCUGUUAUUUCUAGUGUCCUGCUCGUGUAAACUGGGAUGUGGAAAUUACUGUCGGUGCCGCAAAUCAAAUUUGCAGUGUACUGCAAUGUGUGAGAAUUGCAGUGGUCUGUCGUGCUACAACUCGCCUGGAUUUACAAACGAAAACACAGAUGAUUCACCUUAUAAUUUAUAAUUUUUUUUUGUAAAAAUAAUUGCUGUAAUAUUUCUCAGACUCGUAAAUUUAAUCAAGAAUGCAAAUUUAAAUGUCAGAAAAGAAAAAUCUGCUGUAUUUGUGGUGGGUGGGAGGUCCGUGAUGCUGUUUGUUAACAUGGUAGAUACACUAUGUCUGUACCUGAAAAGUGUUCAAACAGCUGCCGGUUGUGGCCAGUCCGGAACACGGCGGGUCCAUAGGUGGUGGAUAAUGGAACUACCCUUACUUUCAAAAGGGUAAGGGAAAAAUUCCCCCCGAACCAAAACUGGCGCAAAUAAAAUUUAAUCAAUUCGUUUGAGUGGGUUUGUGUAUAUACCUGUAUGUCUGUAUAUAUAUUGUAUAUAUGCAGGGAGGGGAAAGGGACAAGACUUUUUAGUGCAGAUUACUUUCGUAACUUUAUGUUUUGUGUUAACAUGUUUCGAUGUUAAAAGUUUGUAAUGUGCAAGUUUUAAAAACUACAAAAGAUUCGUGCAAAAAGAUGUGGAAAUAAGUUUUUACUUAUAGACACAAUCAUCUAUUUCCGGUUGCCUGGACGGUGAGUUACUAGUUAAAAGGCUAUAUUUAAGGUAUCGCUUUAAAGCACUUAGAUUGAUCUACAACUUUUACUUGGCCAAUAUUAGUGAAUUUUUGUUUACGUAAAAACUACAGGAUAAAAACCAUUCAUGUGGCAAGCUAAAAUCGACUAUUUGACACCUAUUUAUUAGAAUUACGGCAAAACCAGUAGCUUUAGCGUAAUUAUUGCUGGAAUAAGUUUUGUGCAGUACACUAUAAGGAACAAAACAAAAAAAAACAUUCAUCCAUUUAUGACUCUAACGUACGAAGAUAUCGGCGUAUAACCAAUACACGGCAAAUCCGAACUUUGAGGGGGUGUAGAGGGGGAAGCACAGGGGGGAGGGGCGGGGACUUUUGGGAAAAACACUUCUAGUUGUGUACUAACAACUGUCCAAAAUUCAGCUUUUACCUAAUUUUUUCCGGCAUAAAACCUUUAUUGACUGGGCUAUAUAUAGGGUGGUUCAUUCCUGGUGGGAAGGAGUAAAAAUAAAUGACAAUGAUGUACUGCCAUCACCCGACCUAUGUGAAAGGUCCGGGGGGUACCUGACGGGCGCUACGGGCGUCGCGAUGCUCUGGUUGUCCGGAGGGGCGCCAGGCUAGCGGGCUGCUAGGCCGUUGGUGUGGGGUCGUGGGUACUCUGCCCCCGCGUGCCCCGCCAGGUACACGGCUUGAAUGUAACCUGAAUGGUUCUACGCUUGACUGUGAAGGCCGCUCGGACGUGUGGAGGACGGGGAAUUACGGAAAAUUAGUGUACACGAGUUGGCGAGAAUACGUUUAAUUUGUGAGUUUCACCGGGGGUCCAUGUGGGUACACGGUACACUCUACAAGUCCGCUCCGCGGUUCAUUCUCGCUACAAAAAUUCUCACCAACACUAACACAGAAAAACAUACCACUACGCGACACUGAUGGUUACCGCGGCAGUCUCGACGGACGUGGGUCGAUGCUCGCUGGAGACGGCCAGCGCCGAACAUUAACGGGUGCAGGGGGGGCUCUAUGAGCGGGCUCCUUAAUUAGGCGAAACACUUACGUGAGUGAUACGAUCUGCCGCACGGUAUCACCAUGAAGACGGUCGGGAUAGGCCCGGUUCCGUAAAAUACGCGCCGAGUCGACGUGGGCAGCUAUGAAUUAAUGAGGUUUAAAUUUAAAGAUUUAGUGUAGAAUAAAAAUUAAUAAAAUGAAAGAAACUUGGAUGCUGCCCACGGACACACGUCUGUUUCCGGCGCGGAGUGGUUCGAG